AUGUUCCCAACUUCUCAGAGCUUCCCCUUCAAUUCCCCCCUGCUCCCCCUCUCCAAUUCAUCUUUGGCAUUUACAGUUCGUAAUUUCCAAGCGGCGGAAAGAACCAGACCGCUCGCUAGACGGGAUUCCUCAACUUUACAUCAACCUGGCCUUCAGCCUGGCUCACCAAGGGCUUCGAUUCGGACCAUGGCAGAAUUCGAGCCCCCGCUGUACAACCUACCAUCGUCCCCUUUUGCAGAAACGCUCUGGGCGGGCUGGAAUGUCAACUCUUCUCCCGUGUCGAGCCAAGAUGAGAGCAACUUCGAGAUAGAACCCAACUGGCAACAACAUAUCUACCCGAUACCGGAUUACUACUGUCUUCCGCUCGAUACAUGGCCAAGCCAACCCACUACACCACUCUCCAGUUAUUCCCCUACGGAUAGCUCAUUCUCGACGGGACAACUCCCCGACAAUCCACUUAAUGUCGCAAAUUGGAUGCCCGCGACCGAUACAUUUGCUGCUCCAGUAUUCUCCGCUGCUCCGACGGCGGCUUCAUGUACUCCCGAGCUCACGCCUCAAUGCAUCUCACUUCCCGACUACUCAAGCGCUUCGUCAGGAACAACAACACCGAUCACCCAAUCCUCCCCCGCCGAGCCGGACAGCCUCCUACCCUUGUCGGCCACCCCAAACACUAAAACAAACCGCGUCACAAAAACCACGAUCCGAUGCUGGGAGCACAGUUGCGGCGGUCGGGCAUUCUCGUCUCUCGGGAACUACGAACGACAUCUCCGCGAGAAGAGCGGGCGGGCGAAGAGCUUCACAUGCGAGCAGUGCGGCCAGCGCUUCACACGAUCAACUGCAAAAAACAAACACAUCAGAUACGGGCGCUGCCGAAUGCAACAGGUCGAGCCCACGCCUGUGUCCAAAAGCCGAGCAGGACCAAAAUCAGGAAGUUCCCGACGCCGAUAG